UCCAUACCGCCCUCGUUGUGCUGCGAUCUCUCAGUUACAUAGUUCAUAUUCGGGUUUACGCCACUGAGCGCCUUUCACUCCUUCAAGUUGCCCUCUACCACGAUGGUGAACACCGGCCUCAAAUACGUAGACCUUAUACGCCAACGCACUUCAAAAUGGGCAAACUUGUCUCCCGAAACACAGGACAUCAGAGUCGGAUCGUAUGGUCUAUUCAGCGCCCAGACAGGCAGGUUCGAGGUUGAAGGAAACGUGUACGAUCCCGAGUUUCAGAAGCCUAAGGAAUUUAGUCUUGGAUCAAACGUUGCUGAGGGCAUCGACAAAGCAAAGUAUAAAGGAGACUGGCAGUUUCUGCAAGGAAAACGAGGCGCUAUGCUCGUGAUGUACAAACCCCGUCUAGAGCAUUUUCCUAAAGGAAAGGUAUUUGAAGCGAUCUACAAGGUUCCAGAGCUCAAGGACAAGUACGUCGUCCCAUCGGUGUAUAAGUGUCGUGCAUAUGUUACCUAUUUGUCCGAGAAGGCCGGAGAGAAGAUUUCGUUGGCUCUCCUCCCAAAAUCUGGCAAAGAGAACGAGACGCAGCUCAACUGGUGGACUGAUUCAAAGAUAGAAAACCUUCAAACCAGGACAGAUAAAGACUACGUGUUCUCGCCACUUUUCACUUGCAAGCGCAAGAUCCCCUUGAUUCGUCCUCUGAUGCGCGACUCACCUACUCCAGACCCUGAGGACGCCGACUUUUGGAUGGAUGUUUACCCGCCUUGGGAGCCACUCGAUGACGAUGGAGAGAUCGAUCCAGUAUAUGAUGAUAAUCAAGAGGAUGACCCGAACGUAUACAUUCCGCGAAGAGACUCUGAAUUUGUGCCAUUCCCUAUUUCAGACGACAGUGACGAUGAGUGAUGACCUGUUGGGACCUUUCCUUCUUGUUAUAUUAGGUUGACGUUGCCAUAUGAGAUGUAUAAUUACUUGUGUAGUGGAUGUUCGAGUACAAGACUAUUUAUGCAGUGCCCAUAUCUAGGUUUGUUCGUGUCGUAAUCUUGCAAUUUGCGAUGCCCACGGCCCACGAUCGCAAGCACAGGAUAUCCAUCAUUUAUCCA